CUAUCCAUUUCAAUUCAUUCCGAUAACAUCUUUAUGACGAAUAAACCUCAGCCAUUGCCUAAAUUCGGCGAAUGGGAUGUAAAAAAUCCCUCAUCCGCAGAUGGAUUCACAGUAAUAUUUGCAAAAGCACGCGAUGAAAAGAAAACCAAUGGAACCGUUGCAAGUGCACCACAACGGAUUAACAACAAAGGCCCCUCUCCUCCACCAGCACCACCUCCUAAUAAGCACGAAAUGGAGCCAACGAAUAGAUUUUGUUGUUUUUGAAAGUUAUUAAAGUGCACGGCAUUGUCAACAAAAUUAUGGUAUAUAGUUCUUGAUGGAUUCGUUA